AUGACCUCGUUCCCAAGUCUGGAAUUACCAAGCAUAGGCAAAUUAAAGGUUCGCUUGCAUGCUAAUAGUUCGUCAUCGGAAGAUCUCGAGGCGCUGAUGCCUAUCUUCCACAUGAAUGUUGCUCACAAGGAGUUAUUGGAAGUAGGAUAUAGAGAGAGGACAAACUUUACAAUCGGUAGGAGGAAUCGCGAGGAUCAUCGAAUGAAUUUCGAGAACGCAAGAGGUAGAUUUACAUGUCGAUUGGUGAAAUCAUUCCUUUUAUUGAACCAAGUUACUUUGGAUAAGUGGUAUGAAGACGUCGACAACGAUAGACAUGAUCCUUUCAUUGAAAGCCACAUUCCAUUCAACGGAAAGGACAAGGUACUCUCUUGGAGCAGGUGCAGAGUUUGGGAGCAAGUCGUACAUUCAGGUUACUGGAAUAAACGUGCCAGAGAUCGUUGCAAGAAUGCACUAUUUCGUAAAUUUGGAGCAGGCAAUUCUCCAUUGUCAUUGGCGCAAAGAUCUAGCUGA